GCGGCGGGAGCCGGGCUUUUACAGCCAGCGCCUCCGGGCCGGGGGCGAGGCCGCCGCCUGGCCCGGGGGAGCGCCGGGGGCUGCGGUUGUUGGCCUUUUGUGUGGAUGGCUUCAGAGAACAUUUCAGGAGUAGGGGAUGAGGUGGAAGGCAGCUGAGUUCUCUCGUGCCCUGCUGAGACGAAAUGCCAUUCCCGUUUGCGGCGGACAGAAGCCAUGGCAAUGUGUAACAUGGGAGGGGAAGGCACGGCUGGACCAUGUGGCGUGACUCGCUCAGACUGCAGCUCUUCUGCCUGCUCAUGGCAGUGCUGGCUGUCGUGGUGCUGGUCCAUAACUUUUUCCAGUUAGAGCACCUGGAUGAUGACACAGUUUCAGGAUCGAAUUGGAUAACAGAAAAUAAUGUGCAGCAUCCUCUGUCCCAGACAGCCAAAACCACCAGGAAGCCUUACUGCGGGUACACGGAGCAGGCCUUGUCCAAACGGGAACAAGCGGAGCAGGAAUCCUUGCUUGCUGCAAUACAGUGGCCAAAGCCCCCUGAUGGCAAAAUCCCCUUUGCACAGAGCACUGAUCCCACGCACAGUGACUUUGUGAUUGUGAAACCCAACAGGUUCUUCAAGGUGGGUGAUCAGUUGGAGGUACUCGUUCGCAUGAAGGAUUUCCAAGGAAAGCCCAAGCAGUACGGUGGAGACUAUUUACUAGCACGAGUUCACUCUCCUGGCCUGAAAGCUGGAGCAGCAGGAAGGAUUGUAGAUUGCCACAAUGGCCUUUACAAAGUCUUCUUUACCUUGCUUUGGCCAGGAGAGGUCAAAGUUUCUGUGUCACUUGUCCAUCCGAGUGAAGCCAUCCAAGUCCUCGUGCGGUUGCGCGAGGAAAGGCCGGACAGAGUCUAUUUCAAAAGCUCCUUCAAGUCUGGGAGGUAUUCAGAGACUACAGAGUGCAACGUUUGCCUGCCUGCAGGUCUCCCAGUCUGUAACUUCACAGAUCUCUACACGGGUGAGCCGUGGUUCUGUUACAAGCCUCGGAAACUGUCCUGUGCCAGCCGAAUCAACCAUGCCAAAGGUGGAUAUCUGAAAGGUCUUCUGACACAGGAGGAAAGCCUCUUUUUCCAAAGUGACGUGAAUAUCAAAAGGCCAAUACUCUCCAGUGGACCUGAUUCAGUCAUUGUAAAGCCCACAGCAUUUACAGAUUCAAGCAGUAUGGGCAGAGCUGAAGAUCCCACAGCUUCCCCUUCUGGUUAUUAUUAUGAAGACCAGUGGAGGUCCAGAACACAUUGGAUCCAUAAUUUUAACAAAUCAGAGGAUAUAACUGAGUGCUUACAAGGAAAAGUAAUCCACUUGUUUGGAGACUCUACAAUAAGGCAGUGGUUUGAAUAUUUGACAGCAUUUGUUCCAGAUCUGGUGGAAUUUAACCUGGGCAGCCCGAAGAACGUGGGCCCCUUCAUGUCGGUGGACCUGAAGCACAACAUCCUGCUGAAGUUCCGCUGCCACGGGCCGCCCAUCCGCUUCUCCACCGUGUUCAGCAGCGAGCUGCGCUACAUCGCCAACGAGCUCGACAGCAUCGUGGGCGGCAGGAACACCGUGGUUGCCAUCACCAUCUGGUCCCACUUCAGCACCUUCCCCGUGGAGGUGUACAUCCGCCGCCUCAGGAACAUCCGCAGGGCCGUGCUGCAGCUGCUGGACCGCAGCCCCAAGACCGCCAUCGUCAUCAGAACGGCCAACGUGCAGGAGCUGGGGCCGGAAGUGAGCCUCUUCAACAGCGACUGGUAUUCCUUUCAGCUAGAUUCUGUCAUGAGGAAAAUGUUCUCAGGAAUUGCUGUGCACUUUGUGGAUGCUUGGGAGAUGUCUGUGGCUCAUUACUCGCCACAUAACCUGCACCCUAAUGAAGUAAUUGUUAAGAAUCAAAUAGAUGCGUUUUUAUCUUAUGUGUGCCCUCUGCAAACUUAGCACAAAUGGGUGUCCCUAUGUCGCCUUUUGCUAUAGCCCAAGUACAGCUGCUCUUUUGAGCUGUGGAAUGAGGCUGGAUGAUAAGGAGGAGCUCUGGGUACUUGCAUGCAGGACAACUACGGUGGCCUUAGUCUGGGUAGCUGUGAAAGGGUGGUAAAGAGGAGUUGACUCUUCAGGCCAUAUCUUCCUGCAAGGUUGAUUCCUUCAAGCUUAUCAUUCAUACCUGAGAUUAUUAGAGCACCUUAAAUUAAAUUGGCAGGAUUCAAUAAGAGAUUAUUUGGGUUAUUAGCUUUACUAGUUAUCUGCACGGUAUGCCUAAUUUAAUCCGUGUGACACUGAUUCUGUUGCCAGGGUCUUGUUGCUCAGAACAGUGUGUGAAACCUGGGAAGGAUUUUGGGAAUGGUCUUUCUCUCAGCAUUCCAGAGCAUAAGGGAUGUCUUCUCCAGCUGUGUGUCAGAGAAACACAGUGUCUUGUUUCAAAGUCCUAAUUAGAAACAUAAAGGGUGUGUACCAAAGUCACCAAUAAAGAAGCACAAUCACAAUAUCUGUAGAAUUAAGUCAUGAAGAAUUUGCUGAAAUCUGAUUGAGCACCCUAGUUAGGUACCUUUAUUUACAGAUGGCUGCUAAAUAGUGCAAAUAGCCAGUAUUUUAGUUUGGUUUCUUGUACUACUGAAUUUCUUUUGAGCUUUGAUACACUGUCUACUCCUUGAUUUGUCAUUAGUGAGGAUAUAUGUGUUUUAUGACCUCAGCAAAAACAGUGUUUCAGGCAGUUUCUGCAAGUUCAAGUUGCAGGCUUGCCUACUUGAAGCUUAAAGCAUUUGGCAGUGAAAGUGUUUCAUUUAGCAGUGAAAGUGUUUCAUUUGCCAGUGAAAGUGUUUCCAUUGCCUGCCAGCUGCCGCCGUUCCCUUAAGGUCCUGCAAAGCCGGGCUGCCCUCUGCUGUGUCCUUCAUACCCUGAAUCUGGACAGGGAGCCAAGUGACCCGAGGGUCCUGCUGUGCUUUGGCAGUGGCCACACAAUGACUCCUCUUCAGGGUCUGGCAGUUCUGUCAUUUCUUCAUGAACUUCACUGCUGCCAGUAUAAAAGGUGGCACACCCUGCACCCAAAAGCUGAGCGUGCCCAGGGCUGCCUUCAUCUAUCUGCUUGGCACAGAACCAGGUUUGCUGGGCUGACAGCUGGUGGCUCUGCCUCCUGGCCUGGCAUUUACUGCUGCUUACUUGAUUGAGCCUGCCUACAGUUUUAACUAGAAGCACUUUGAAAACAGUUUGUGAUGAAGUCAAGUCCCAAAUGAAACAGCAGAGAGGUGUUCCAUGCUGUCUUAUCUUUGGUCACGCUCAGGCCAAAGCCAGUCUUCACUGGCUUGUGUCAAAACCAAGUUGAGUCUUUGUGAGCAAACUGAGAAGAUUAAUAAGGCAAAUUGGCAGGUUGCACAGAGUGAAAUUAUCAAAAUGUCUUUAUGUUAAAAAAAGUUUCGCUCCUUGUUAGCUUGCUGCU